AUUUGGUUUCUACUCUGAGGCAGAGCCUUAAAUCCCAGAAGAAUUAUGUCUUUUACUGUCAAUCAUGUGGUGACAUCAUAGUAAAAGACCGGAAAUUCCUCAGAGUUCUUCCUCUACCAAGUGAAAACUGGAGUGCUUUAGUUGAAGAGUGGUGUUGUCACCCCAACCCCUUUCCCACAAGCACUUUGCGCCCUCAGCAUGGUGACUGUUUUCUUGGAGACACUUUUUUUCUGUUGAAUUCAGAAAGUGAAUCACAUGUGCCUGAAUCUCCCAUGUGCUGCUCAGAGACUGGACACCAUACUUCUCAGAGUCGCUCUAACUUGAAAUCAAAGGAAAAUACCAGAGUAGUUUGUAAGCGCUGCAAGACAAUGCUGGGAGAAACAGUAUCAUCAGAUACCAUUAAGUAUUAUGUCACUGAGGUGAUUAUUCAACCGUCUGAGGAAAGUUUCAGCCCAACACCCAGGUCUCAGUUCAUACAGAGUAUGGUUGCUCGGUGUCUUGUGGAAUUGUCCUCUGCAAAAAGCACAUUCAGAUUCACCUUAAAAGGGCAUAAUGGAAAAAUCUACAUUCUGGACACUUCUGUUUUUUCCCCAUUUUCUCCAACACUUCAACAAGUGUUUGUCUUCAACACUUGGCUUAAAGUACUAUGCGUAAUGGUCCUAGCUAAUGAGAUAUGGCUUUUAAAUUCUGACACUUUGCUGGUGGAGUCUUCAGGAAUUUCCUCUUCCCGUGGUGUUUUUGCACCAUUUGGAGAUAUUUUCAAGCCUAGCUCUGGACCAGUGGGAACCUGGAAUGCUGUGAAAGUCCUUUACCAGUCAUGCAUUAAAAGCAGGAAUAAGGA